AUGCAGCUCCUCCACGCCCUCACUGUGCUUUGCUCUCUGUCUCGGUUCCAAACACUGGUCUCAGCAGAAAAUACAAACCCCUCUGCGGAUCUAGAAUCCAAAGAGGCUGACACUCCGUUACCAGCAAGCCUCAUCCUACAGCGCAAUGCCGCUAUAACAUCCCAACUUGCAGCAGGACCAGCCCACGGCGUGAAGAAAAUGAGUGAUGACGAAGGCGAGAAAUUCUUCCUCGACUACUGGAGUUUCGGGGAUGUCUCUUCAUCAGGUAACAUAUCUGAGCGACACCUCGCCGAUGAAGACGGAUUUUCCCCUGCCAGCUUUGUGGCCCAAUCAUUCCCAUUCGAGCCAUCUUAUUCUUUGGGCUCAGAUGGAGAUGGUGAAUUCUUUCCUAGGGGAAACAGGGACAGCGCAAACAAUCUGUUCGAGAAACGAGAAUUUAAGUGCCCGACUGGGACAUCGGCGUGCACUUCUAUCGGUCGAUCCGAUCGCUGCUGUGGGUCCGGGGAGACGUGUGAGAUCGUCGCUGACACGGGAAAUGGCAAUGUUGGCUGUUGUCCUAGCUGGAAGAAGUGCUCUGGGAUGAUUGGGUCGUGUACGAAUGGGUAUACAGCUUGCUCUCAGGCUUUGGGGGGUGGAUGUUGUAUUCCAGGAUAUGAUUGUGUUCCAGGGGGAUGUGCAUAUAUCACCGUCAUUACAGUCACUCUUCAUUCGACCGUGGUGUUGUCUACUGUGACCUACUCGACCAAACCGGAGGAUAGUACUUCAGCUUCUAUUCCCUGCUCUUCCUCAACGACCUCUUCCCAUACUAGCAAGACCACAACAAGCGAUGGCUUGGCACCGCCAGCACGGCCUACGAACCUCUCAACAGUAACCAGUGUUACCCGCGGCGAGGACGUCUGUCCGACUGGCUUCUAUGCCUGUUCCGCUGUUCACCACGGUGGCUGCUGCCGCACCGGACGAGACUGCGAUACAACCUCAUGCCCGAUCACAUAUUCGACGACUAUGAUCUCGAAUGAUGUGACGAUUGUAGCGCCUGUCGCGACAACAACGGCACAAUCCGGCGGGAACCGGUGCGCUCAGGGUUGGUUCCACUGUGCUGACACUGUGGGUGGAGGAUGUUGUCCCAUGGGAUAUGCAUGUGGCUCUAGUUGUACUGCAAGGGACACUGUAUUUGCAACGACCGUUGCCAAGGAACAAGCGACCGCGCCUAGCGGAGAUGGCAUGAUGCAUCGGGUUAGCAAAAUGAUGUUAGGGAUGAUGCUGGGGAUGAGUGUGGGAGCGGAGACUUACCGGGUGCUGCACUCGGAUUUGAUCACCGAAUCUCGCCGACACCGGCAACCUCCUCUUUUCUCACUUCUUCUUUCUCCCAACCCUCUCGUGUUUUUCAAUGACUUUGCGAUCCCAAUAUUGCCCAAUUAUGGCCCCACACUGACAUCCUACAGCGCCAUCAUGUCCGACGCUCCCCAGGCACCCCUCCCCUUCAUUUACCAGUUCGCCGCCGGUGCGGUGGCUGGUGUCUCAGAGAUCCUGAUCAUGUACGGCUCCCCACCCUAUUUCCUUGCUUGCAUAAUUGCUCCUGUUAGAGAUAUGCCUGGUAUAGUACCCUCUGGACGUGCUCAAGACUCGAAUACUGGUGCCCCUGUCCCUGGUGUCGACCACUACGAUGGCAUGUUCGAUUGCUUCCGUAAGAUUGUUAAGAACGAGGGUGCUUCCCGUCUAUACCGUGGUAUCUCCGCGCCCAUCCUGAUGGAGGCACCUAAGCGUGCGACCAAAUUCGCCGCCAACGACAGCUGGGGUGCUUUCUACCGCAACCUGUUCGGUGCGGAGAAGCAGACCCAAGGUCUAGCCACUCUGACCGGAGCCACCGCCGGAGCAACUGAAGCCAUCGUUGUUGUUCCUUUCGAGCUAGUCAAGAUCCGUCUGCAAGACAAGGCCCAGGCCCACAAGUACAACGGCAUGUUCGACGUUGUGAAGAAGAUCAUUGCCGCCGAAGGCCCACUCGCAAUGUACAACGGCCUUGAGUCGACCAUGUGGCGCCACAUCCUGUGGAACGCCGGCUACUUCGGCUGUAUCUUCCAGGUCCGCGCACAGCUCCCCGCCGUCGAGCCCGGCAACAAGAACCAGCAGACCCGCAACGACCUGAUCGCCGGUACCAUUGGUGGUAUCACUGGUACUGUCCUCAACACCCCCAUGGACGUUGUCAAGUCCCGUAUCCAGAACACCUCCAAGGUCGCCGGCCAGGUUGCCAAGUACAACUGGGCCUGGCCUGCUCUCGGCACAGUGAUGAAGGAGGAGGGCUUCUCUGCCCUGUACAAGGGCUUCACUCCUAAGGUGCUGCGUCUCGGCCCUGGUGGUGGUAUUCUGCUUGUUGUUUACACUGGUGUCAUGGAUUUCUUCCGCAAGAUGCGCGAUGAAAAAUAA